AGGUACAUAGCCAUCUUGGUUGGCUCAAGCGAAAGGCCAAAGUCCAGGCGCACUCCAGCGGAACGGACUUAGCUUUUAGCCCAGGGCAGUGACCACCUGGGCCCGAUCAUGUUGGACGAUCGCGCCUGGCUUAUCGUACUUAUCUCCGUCAAUUGCCUGACACUCGCGAUCAUAAUCUGGCGGUUUCGCGGCUCUGGGCUGUGUGGCGUCUUCCCGCGAUGGAGCUCAGUUUAUGCUCAUUUCAAUGCCACGGCGAAGUGGCUGCUCUUCAUGUCACCACCGCAUCCGUUGCAUCGUCAGUUGAAGGAUAUGGCGGACAAACGACUCUCUGAGCAAGUGGUCUGGGGGUGCCCUAGGAUACUCUGUUUUGCCUUCUGCUAUAACAUGGUUCAGCUGGUCCAGAAUGAUAUGUCCUCAGCGGCGCGCCUCGGCAACAUAGCUCUGACUACAUUCCUUAUGGCAGGUACUCUCAAGCCCUGUUUGCUCACCCCUACUGUCGUGUUCUUGUUCCACGUGCUCCUGUAUACUGUCGUCUGGUACCUUGCGGUCACUGCCGAAGACAAUAUCGCUUUCUUGAAAGCCAGCCCAGUGAGAAUCUGCGAACGCAUCGCAGUGAGCGUUGUUCAUUGCAAACCUAGGCUGACUCUUGGUUUGGGUCUUGUGUACGUCGCAGCUGUUUCGCCAGUGUACGAGCCCGCCGACACGCGUCAGGAGUUGAUUGUUUCGCUCCUCAUGUUCGCCGUAACAGCAUCCGUCAGAAAGUCCCGCGACGCUGAGUUUUUGGCAAUGUUGGAGGCGAAGACGUCGCGAAAUGUUGAGUCAAUAGCGGGCGGGCUCUUGUCAAGUGUGUGCGACGCGGUGGUGCAUAUGUCGCAAGAUCUUCUGUUCUCAAAGCCAGCCGCACACCUUGCCACACUGCUUCUCAGAUCCCCCACAACUAUGGGUGUCGGUGUCUCAUUUAUUGAUCUAGCCUUCGACGCUUCCGAGAAGGACCGUCUGAUUACAUUCUUGAAGCGGCCAAUGUCUGAUGCUAGCACCGUUCACGCUUCUUUAAAGGAUUCAUGGGGCAUGCCGGUAAAAUUUCAGCUAUUCCAUGCCCAGGGCAUUGACAUAGACGACGAGCCGAUCCACAUAGUGGGUGUGAAGGAAGAUUCCGAUUUUCUUCGGGCGCCGCCUGAGAGCGAGCUUCGCGAUAGGCCAGUGGUCUCGCGUUCCGACGCUUUCGCAGGAAUCUCGGAAGAUUCGAUCAGUUUAUCAGGGACUUUCUCUUCUGGUGUACUGAUCGGUACCCACAGUGCGGGAAUGACUGUCCACAUCAACCCAGACGUCGACGGUUUGCCUAUUUUGCAUUGCUCCGCCGAGUUCUUGAACCUGAGUGGGCCUAUAUGCGAAGGCGCAGGGCUGUUGCAGUGGGUCGUUAAUAAGAGGUCGUUUAUGAAAUGGGCAAUGGUGGCAUACAACAAUAUUAUGGAUACAUUCAAUAUCCGUCUCAACCUGCCUCACAUGGGCUUAGCAGUCCGCGAAAUAUCUGCGAACGCAUUCUUGAGAUUGGAUGUCGCAGAGGAUGGGGGCAACGACGUGGCCCCUUCUACACGAGUCCUGCUGGUGCUAGAGGACGUUGUCUGCGUCCGCAGGGGAUCCUCCUCGAGGCGCCGCCAGGAGAGUCGGGAGAAGCCAGCGGCCUUGACGCUGUGACAUGUUGUUGUGACUCAACAGAGUGAGGAGGGAUUGCCAGCCGCUCCCUCCCUCGAGGACAGGACGAGGGGAGGAGGAGGAUCAGGGGUCGCGCUGCUCGGACAUCCGAAUCGUUUACAUGAGGAUGUCUGGAUUUCGAAAUAUCCCUUUUUGCUGGCCGUGCUCGAGGCCCAGGGCGGCAUGUCGACGGGCGCGGACGCCGCGGUCCGUGCUGUAGCCGCGGUGGCGAGCAGAGAGGGCCGGGAGCCGGGCACGGUGCGGCGGGAGAUGCUUCAUCGCAUCGCCGUCAUCGUGGCGGGAGGAAGCGCCGCGCGCAUUGCGCGCCGGAGGGCGACGGUGAGCGGGGCUCGUGCCUCGUGAGCGGUGCUGGUGCCUGGUGGGACGCGGACCACGAGGAGCCCUCCCCAGUUCAUUCCUCUCCUCUCUUCCCCUCCUCCCCUCGUUGCUGGCAACUUUCCCGGCAGAGGUGUCUUGAUGUACGAUGUUUGUCCCGUGCGUUAGGGGAUCAGUCCGAGAAGCCUCUGAGUGCGGGCGCUGCUCGUCCGCUCGCCCGGCUCCUGAGUGGUGUCGCCGUCCCGCCGUGUUGCGUCGCUCCUCUGCCUGCUCUCCCCCUUGCUCGUCCCUGGGGCUUUCGCCUGGAGUUCGCCCUCAUUGCCGCCCCCUCGUCGCGGUCGUUCCCUGACGCUUGUGUUGUUUUUCGUUUCGGGCAUCCGACCACGCCUGUACAACUGCAGCGUGAGCAUCGUGCCUGCCUUGUGUCUCCUGCCUAAGCACAGCUCUGCACCAGAGUGGGGGGCCCGCGCUGGCUCCCAUGCUGCGCUGCCUCCAUCGUGUCCCCGCCCCUCUCUGCGCCUUUGCGGUCUCCGUCCUGGACGCCCCCGAGGGGCUGGAGGAGGAGUGCCGUGGGUCGCCGUGGGUGCCGUCCCGCGCCGCGAGGUCGAGCAGCGGUUACGCGCCCACUGUCUGCACGCGCUCGUUGUAUAUAUGUAUGAUCAACCUAGGCCGAAAACCUGUGCAGACGAAUAAAUUCAAAUCCGUGCAUACGAGGGCUAGCUGACGCUAGGCCUGAGCGAGCGCCACUUUGUCAAGCGCCGCUUCGUCAAGCGAGCGGUCUCCCAUGCCACCGCGUUGGGCGGCGGGGGGACAUCUUCCACACAGGAAAACCGGUUUCACGCGAUGACGCCUGCGGGGGUACACUCGAUUACACGGUUUUCUUCGCUGCCGCUCGUUGUGGAUUGAGAUACCCGCUGCCCUGCGGUUGUUGUGCCGCGGGCGCACCAGAGGCUGCAGAGAGUCUCUGCCAGAGACGCGCGCUCCCGAGUAACGAACAAGAGAAGAACGCAUGACAGGGUGAAGGCGCUUCAUACGAUUGCGGCCGGCAUUCACCACGCGUCUUGUGUUUUUGGUUGCUUGGAUGAUCAAUUGAACUCUCGAUAUUCGCGCAUGCGUCAAGGUAGCACGAAUCAUCCUCUGGCUAUUCCUGCCGCUUUGUGCAUCGCCAUCUUCCUCCGCUCAGCUUCGUGUCUAGCGUGCCGAUGCAUGCCGCUGCCUUCUCUGCCGCAUACUGCUACCUGGUCCUGGCUUCGAGCAGCGACGUGUCCCCGCGACUCUCUCCCUCCAGAGGCACCGAGCCAACCGAUCCCGAGGUGCAGUCCUGAGCCCUGUGCGAUUCCAGAGCUGCAGCCAAGACGCU